AGUAUCCACUGGUAUCUUAUUGCUUAUUGCAUGCUUAUUCUCUUAAUGUUGCCGGACCUGCACCAGACCUCUUCCCAACGCAACCCACAAGAGCUCCCACAAUAAAGUCACGUCGAAUAAGAUAAGCAACCAUACUAGUACCAUGUUUCUCAGCUCCAAUAAUAGCAAUGCACAGCCCUCCGAGAAUUGGCAUGAUUUUCAAGAUCGGUACGGGAAAGGCGGAAGCGCCACAAGGCUCCUUGCAUCGGUAUCGGGCAGCAACAAAUCCUGUUUUGUGGAACGUCCCAACAAGACUGCUACAACUAAUAGUCGGAGAAGGUCCGGGUUGGUCAAGAGUCUCUCUGGAACAUCCCUGUUCAAGAUGCAGCCAGGGGCAGCUAAUCCUCCCCGUCGAAGCAGCAGUACCAAUCAACUGGCCAGAUCCAAUUCGGCCAAGUCCUUGUUUUUGAAAGGAUCCGCACCGGAAUUGAGCGCCAAUGGACGACGAAGACGACCACGAAAACAGCGCAGCUCGGUCACUUCUCUCUUGGCGGCAUAAGACAAACUUAACUUACUUUUUGAUGCAUACAAGUACUACAUGUAGUAUAUAAUUAUUAUUUUGAAUUCAUGAUAUCUACC